AUGAAGAUGCACUACACCCUCAAGUUCAACCCCAGAGUCAUCCAAGAUUUAGAAGAUGAGGAUGACUUGGAUAAGGUGGUUUCCCACAGUGAUGACUUUGCAAAUGUAUACCUAGUAGACUUACCCUGUGUGGAAGCCAUUGAACCAAAUAUACCGAAUACAGAAUUGGCAAUUGGAGGUCCACCUGCGCCGUUUCCUUCCUCUAAUGCAUCAUGCGAUGCAAUUCUUAAUACUAUAAUGCUAUCAAGAGGUUUUGUGUCGCGUUGUGCAGAUAGUGAGUACACCCCUUUGAAAUCGAUUCGUUUUCGUGAGGCAAUAUUAGGGUCCGGACAUACAUUUAAAAAUGCAGAGGAGUUUCGCAACGCAAUUUACCAGAUGUCAUUAGGUGGAAGGUUUGAAUACAAGUACAAGAAAAAUUCUCCUACGCAUAUGUCUGUAAAGUGUUUGGUUGAGGGUUGUCCUUGGAAGAUAACAGCUCACGCUGUCGAGGGAAAUGUCAUCUUGCGAGUUCAUACUUACCAAGUGAAUCAUAAUCAUAUAGCUCAGGAUGAGUGUUCAUCUAAAGUCAAGGUUUCUUCAAAGAGAGGCGCGGUUGUUGUUGAAGAUGUGUUUAGAACCACUCGAGACUAUCUUCCCCGUCAAAUUUGUAAGGAUUUUGAACAUGAUCAUGGAGUUCAAUUGACAUAUAACCAAACAUUGCACCUUAAAGAAAAGGCAAAAAAGCGCAUAUAUGGAGCUCCACGUGAGUCCUACACGUUUGUCCCUUGGUUAUGCCAUAGGCUAAGGGAAAUCAACCCCGACACAAUUGCGGAGUACACUUCCGACGAAAGUCACUUCAUGCAAUUGUUCAUUGCCUAUGCAUUUUCAAUUCAAGGGUUCAUCAAGGGGUGUCGACCAGUAUUGGCUAUUGAUUCUUGCCAUCUAAGCGGACCAUACAAGGGAGCUUUUUUGUCCGUCAUUGCAUAUGAUGCAGAUGAUGGAAUGUUCCCUCUUGCCCUUGGUGUGGUCAGUUCAGAAAAUUAUGAGGAUUGGUGCUGGUUUUUGGAGAAAUUAAAGGGGGUCUUAGAUGGUAAAAAAGUUGUUAUUAUAUCUGAUAGACAUUAA